AGUUAUUGCCAUGGCUCCAAGCAGUAGCAGCCUGAUUGUUUUCGCCUUCAUUGCUCUUGCAUGCGCCCUCUGCGUGCAAAGCGCUAGUGGAAACAUAGCUUGCGAGGACCUGAAGGAGGAUUCUUGCGCCUAUGCAGUGUCAUCGUCGGGAAAGCGCUGCGUGCUGGAGAAGCAUGUCCGCAGAAGCGGGGAGGAAAAGUACGCAUGCCGCGCAUCAGAUAUCGAAGCUGAAAAACUGAAAGACUGGAUCGAAACCGAUAAAUGCAUUGAAGCGUGCGGGGUUGACAGGCACACACUUGGAAUUUCAUCUGACUCUCUUUUGGAGCCUCAGUUUACCCACAAGCUCUGCUCUUCCGCCUGCUACCGCAGCUGCCCCAAUAUUGUUGAUCUCUACUUCAACCUCGCUGCCGGUGAAGGUGAAUAUCUUCCGAAACUGUGUGAAGCGCAGAGGGCUCAUGGGCGCAGAGAAAUGGCGGAAAUAAAAAGCUCCGGAAUGGUGGCACCAGGAGCAGAAUCGGAUGGUGGGAAGCCUGUGAGCUUCUACAUUGUUGCCCCGGCACCCCCUCCUUAUUAAUCAUGAGAUGGGAGGCACAAUAAAGAACAUGUAGUCGUAGAUGAAUAAUUAAUUACAUAGCAGGGUAUACC